GGUCCCAUAAAUGAAAAGGUCCAGAGUCUGCGCGCAAAGCCAGCGACCAGAGGCACCAAGACCAGCCAGCUGAGAGGAGAGACCCCCGACACGACCCCGUAACCUCGCCUCUCUCAGCAGGAGUGUCAGGGAGUUGUUAAAGGCACAGCCAUGCUUGCUGCGUGCUUGGAGUUCCUCGGCCUGGCGCUGUGCCUCACGGGCUCCCUGCUGGUGAUGGUCGCCUGCGGGCUGCCGAUGUGGAAGGUGACCGCUUUCAUCGACUCCAACAUCGUGGUGGCACAGACCAUCUGGGACGGCCUGUGGAUGUCCUGCGUGGUCCAGAGCACCGGGCAGAUGCAAUGCAAAGUCCACGACUCGGUGCUGGCCCUGACGCAGGACCUGCAGACGGCGCGGGCCCUGACCAUCGUCUCCGCCGUGCUGGGGGUCGUCGCCCUCACGGUGACCGUGGCCGGGGCGCAGUGCACCAACUGCAUCAAGGAAGAGACGGUGAAGGCGAAAGUGGUGAACGUCGGCGGGGUCCUGUACAUCAUCAGCGGCCUGUUCGUGCUGGUGCCUCUCUGCUGGAUGGCCAACAACAUCAUAGUGGACUUCCACAACCCGCAGGUGCCUCCGUCCAAGAAGCGGGAGAUCGGGGCGGCGAUCUACAUCGGCUGGGCGGCCACCGCGCUGCUGCUGCUCGGCGGGACCCUGCUGUGCUGCUCCUUCUCUCAGGUGGUGAGGGGCGCGUAUCCCAUCAAAUACGCCCCCACCAAGACCAUCACAGUCAAUGGCGACUUUGACAAGAAGCAUUAUGUGUAAAGUCAGAGUUUUUCAUUGGGGGACACUUUGUUUUAGGGCUGAGCCGAGAGAUUUCUGCUGUUAAAGUCUGAAGUGAUGUGCAGGGUCACACUGAGGUGACCCCGAAGACAUUAGAGCACAUUGUGACUGUAACUCUUUUACCAUGCAUGAACUGAAUGUCAUUUCUUUGGGCUUUUUUCAUGCAGCAGAAGUCUAUUUAUGCUCCUAAUGGCUUCUAUACUGUUUUGAUGCUACAAGUGUUGUAAUCAGGUCAUGGUGCAGGUUGGGUCGAGGGUCGAGCCUCAGCUGAAUAUCUGCACAGCUUCACUGUUACUCCUCUGGACUGGUUUUGCUCAGUUCCCACAGUGAACGUGCAGCAGACAGUGGAGCCCGUCAGACCAAUGUGCACUCAUGUCGUGAUCGAAGGAGAACAUUUGCAUUUGAAUACAUGUACAGUGUUUUGAACUUCAUGUCUUUUUUCAAGUCUUUCAAUAGACACAUUUUAUAAUAAAAACAUUUAACUGUC